CUGGAGUGGAUGAUGCAAAUUGGGCAGGAUCUUGUAGACAUGGAUUUAGAUGCUAUUAGAGAAUACUCAGCAUUACAUGCCAAACCCAGUGGACUCGUUCUUCAGUAUGGGACCGCUGGCUUUCGAACGAAAGCAGAACAUCUUGAUCAUGUCAUGUUUCGCAUGGGAUUAUUAGCUGUCCUGAGGUCAAAACAGACAAAGUCUACAAUAGGAGUCAUGGUAACGGCAUCACAUAAUCCUGAGGAAGACAAUGGGGUAAAAUUGGUUGAUCCUUUGGGUGAAAUGUUGGCACCAUCCUGGGAGGAACAUGCUACCUGUUUGGCAAAUGCCGAGGAACAUGAGUUGCUGAGAAUGUUGAUGGACAUCAGUGUGAAAGCAGCCGUGAAUCUGCACCAAGAUGCCUUCGUAGUGAUUGGUAGAGAUACCAGGCCCAGCAGCGAGAAACUUUCACAGUCUGUAAUAGAUGGUGUGACUGUUUUAGGAGGUCAAUUCCAUGAUUACGGCUUGUUAACAACACCCCAGCUACACUACAUGGUGUACUGUCGAAAUACCAGUGGCCAAUAUGGAAAGGCAACCAUAGAAGGUUACUAUGAGAAACUCUCUAAGGCCUUUAUGGAGCUUACCAAACAGGCUUUCUGCAGUGGAGAUGAAUAUAGAUCACUUAAGGUUGACUGUGCAAACGGCAUAGGGGCCCUGAAGCUGAGAGAAAUGGAACACUACAUUUCCCAGGGUCUGUCAGUUCAACUGUUUAAUGAUGGAACCAAAGGGAAACUCAACCAUUUAUGUGGGGCUGACUUUGUGAAAAGUCAUCAGAAGCCUCCACAGGGAAUGGAAAUGAAGUCUAAUGAAAGAUGCUGUUCCUUUGAUGGAGAUGCAGACAGAAUUGUUUAUUACUACCUUGAUGUAGAUGGUCACUUUCAUCUCAUAGAUGGAGACAAGAUAGCAACACUAAUUAGCAGUUUCCUUAAAGAGCUCCUGUUGGAGAUUGGAGAAAGUUUGAAUAUUGGUGUUGUACAAACUGCGUAUGCAAAUGGAAGUUCAACACGGUAUCUUGAAGAAGUUAUGAAGGUGUCUGUCUAUUGUACUAAAACUGGUGUAAAACAUUUGCACCACAAGGCUCAAGAGUUUGACAUUGGAGUUUAUUUUGAAGCAAAUGGGCAUGGCACGGUACUGUUUAGUAAAGCUGCUGAAACAAAGAUAAAACAACUAGCAAAAGAAUUAGAAGAUAAGAAAAGGGAAGCUGCUAAGAUGCUUGAAAAUGUUAUUGACUUGUUUAACCAGGCAGCUGGUGAUGCUAUUGCUGACAUGCUGGUGAUUGAGGCAAUCUUGAUUCUGAAGGGCCUGACUGUACAGCAGUGGGAUGCUCUUUAUACAGAUCUUCCAAACAGACAGCUCAAAGUUAAGGUUGCAGACAGGCAAGUCAUUAGCACCACUGAUGCUGAAAGACAAGUAGUUACACCUCCGGGACUACAGGAGGCCAUCAAUGACCUGGUGAAGAAGUACAAGCUUUCCCGAGCUUUUGUCCGGCCUUCUGGUACGGAAGAUAUAGUCCGAGUAUAUGCAGAAGCGGACUCGCAGGAAAAUGCGGAUAGCCUUGCACAUGCAGUGAGCCUGGCAGUAUUUCAGCUGGCUGGAGGAGUUGGAGAAACACCCCAACCAGGUUUCUGAAGACAAUUUUUUAUGUUCAUGAGAAACUGGGUUUUUAAAAAGUUUUUUACAAAAUAGUACUGCCAUUAUGGUGACAGGUUCAAACGCAUUUGUAAUCAAAAUGUUUACAGUGCAUCUUACUAGAUUUCUUCUAGAACAGAUUGUUUUUCUUAAACACUACCGUAAUUGUUUAGAAGUAGGUAAGCCUUAUACUUGUUAAAUUAGUUUUUAAAAAGCAAAACUUACUGAAUUUCAGUCUCACUAAUGUAAAGUACCUGGGCUUCGCUACGUGAUUCAGUCAUUAACUUUCUAAUACACGCAGGGAAAAUUCAUGAGGGCUGCUGGAAAAGUAAACCUUAUUAUCAGCUCCU